AUGACAGCAGCAGCAAACGGAUACGGGGAUUUAGUUGAAAUGAUUCUCCACUUUGGAGCUGAUGCUAAUGCGAAAGAUUCUAGCGGACGUACAGCUCUCAUGUGUGCGGCAGAGCAUAGAAUGAGGGAUGCAACAGUGGAAGCUCUGAUUAGCAUCGGCAAAGCUGAUGUUAAUGUCAAAGAUAAUCAGGGACGCACUGCUCUCAUGCAUGCGGCAGAAGAUGGAAAAAGGGAUUCAGCGAAAGCGCUGCUUGACACUGGCAUUGCUGAUAUCAAUGAUAAAGGCGAUAAUGGAAGAACAGCUUUGGUGGAGGCGGUGAUCAACGAGCACGAGGAUAUAGUUGAGCUGUUUCUUGGCACUGGGAAGAUUGAUGUCGAUUCGGAGGACCAGUUUGGGACAGCAUUUGAUUAUGCGAAUUUACAUGGGCCGUUGACCAUAGCCAACUUGUUACAGUCAUAUAGUGCAUCUUCUCAGUAA